AUGGCAUCACCCCAAGGAUAUGUCCAAAGGCAGCAAGGCUCUGUCUCAGAGGCGCCUUCCAAAGUAUAUCAACCAAAUACGGCUGCGCCAGCUAUUUCCUACACGCCCACUGAAGUCAACAUUCCUUCAAAAUUAUACGACAAGGUACCAAACUUGAAUCUUUACAAGAAGCUUCAAGAUGCCGAGAAACAAUUGGAUUUGCUCAUUGCACAAAAAGGACUUGAUUUUCAGUCCGUGCAAGCAUCAUCUAUGCAAGCGAAUAGUAUGAAGAGAGAAACGGGAAUUUUACGUGUUUUUAUCUACAACACCUGUCAGAACCAGCCGUGGCAGAAUAAUCAAUCAAAGGUGAACGAGACCUCAAAUACUGACUCCUCUUGGACGUUGAGAGUUGAGGGUCGCUUUAUUUCCGAUAGUCCCGAGGUUUCCGAGGCUAAGGAGAUGAAAUUUAGCUCUUUUCUUUCAGGUAUUUCGAUCGAAAUUGUUCCUAAUGAAGAUUACCCAUCUUUACAAGGAAGCCAAUCCAAUAUCAUAGAGUGGCGCAAUGAAGGUAACAACAAUGGCAAUAAUCAAGGCGGCAACUCGCAAUUGAGCAAUGGCUCUCUGCAAUGGCUGUUUGAUGGUAUCGACGUUACUCGUCAAGGAGUCUUCCCCAUCAAAUCCAAGAUUGCUAUAUUAACCAAAGAUUACACAUUCAAGCUUCUGGUGUCACAGGAAAUGGCCCAGUUUACUGGCAAACGCGAAGCUUCUCAACAGGAAUUGAUAUACCUGAUCUGGCAGUAUGUUUUAUUCAAGAAGUUGUUCAAGAGAGCUGACAGCUAUUCCAACGUGCCAGCUGUGCCAGCUUCUUCUAUGUCGUCUCAAGCUUUGAAUUCCCAGUCGAACGAAGAGACUGAUUUGUCUGUGGUGCAAUGCGAUGAAGUAUUGAAGGACUUGUUGAAGGUCAAUACUUUCAAGUUCAAGGAUCUUUAUCAAUUAAUUCAGCCCCAUGUGCGUCCACGUCAACCAAUAGUGUUGGACUACGAAAUAGACACUACAAGGUCAACAACUUUAGGUGAUGUUGUGGUCGAUAUUCCUGUCGAAUUAGCCUUGUCAAUGGGUAAAAUGGAGAAGGAGAUAAUUGAUGAGAAUAAAAGUGCAUUUGAAAGCAUGUCGAAGUCUGAUGAACUUGUUCAGUACCUUAAUCAACGUAUAUCUCUUGGGAUUGUGGCUUUACAGAGCUCUAACAAUAGAGAACAGUUCUAUAGAGAGUUGAGUGAUGAUCCUGUUGUAUUUAUAAAGAAAUGGUUGGAGAGCCAGUCCGAGACUCUAAAAGCGUUGAAAAGUGAAGAAGGCUUCAACGAAGAGGACGUCAGAAAAGCGCAAUACUUCAAGGAACACGAACAAGAACUAAGACAGAAGAUUGACCUAAUGUUAGGUGCUCAAAAGUUAUAA